UGUUCUUCUGCUUUAAAUGUAUUCUAUGUUAGAAGGGUGUUAAUUACGAAUAAAAUGAAUUUUAGGAAUUAAAUUGUAGUGCUUUUUGCAUUCUGCUUACAUUUUGAUCAGAUCACAAUUAUCUUGGCCUACUAAUUAAGCUUCAUCGUAACAAAAGACGAUGCACUUAAGUACAAAAUUUUUCCAUCAAAAUUAAACAUUUCAUUUCCAUAAACUUCAAUCAAUCCAUUUUUACAAAUGCUAAAUAGAACAAGUACCUCCGCAUUUAGAAAAAUAGAGUUUAUUUAAUCCUUUUUUUGCACUUACGUAAUUUUUGCAAGUAAGAGGAAAUAAUGUUGAGGGUUAGCCAAUUUGCAAAACUGUUUAUGGCCAAUAGUCCUGCAAAAACUUACUGCACUAGAAUUUUUAUAAAAGAUGUAGCAUAUAAUCCACGACAAGGAAUAAUUUUUCGCAUUCCCAGAAUUUUUUUCACCAAUAAAGGCAACGACGAUAAAAGUAAGAAAAUUCCUUCAAUUCAAGACUGCCCCACUCCAAAUCUAAUGAGUCAAAUUCCAGAACCCAAGUGCCCUUGGGACAACGAAGACAAUAGCAACAGGAAGAAAAAGCAAAGGAUAUUAUGGCUAGGGCUGCUUUUCACUGCAUUUACUUUGGGUGCUGUGUGGUAUAUUGGAUUUAUGGAUUACAAAGUGGACAAGACGGACAAGAAAGCGACGACACAAGAACCAAAGAAGAAAAAAACUAAGUGUUCCAAGAGACCGUCUGUCAAAAAUCCGCCCGAUUCCUCGAAAAUACCCAAGGAGGUGCCAUAUUUAUUGAUCGGUGGCGGCACAGCAUCCUUCGCUGCAUUUAGAGCUAUCAAGUCUGCAGAUCCAACAGCGAAAGUGUUAGUGAUUGCUAACGAAUCUUUCUUUCCCUACAUGAGGCCCCCGCUGUCUAAAGAAAUCUGGUUCAACGAAGAUGCAGCAGCAGUUAAGAAACUUAUGUUCAAGCAGUGGAACGGAUCUGAGAGAAGUUUAUUCUACGAGCCAGAUGAUUUCUACAUAGAUUGCACCUCGCUGAUGGCAAGCCCUAACGGAGGGGUUGCCGUAGCCCGUGGGUGGACUAUUACCCAUUUAGACGCUGUCGAGAGGUUGGCUUACUUGGAAGACGGAUCAGCCAUACAGUAUGAAAAAUGUCUAAUUGCAACUGGAGCCACCCCGAGGUUGUCAGCCGUCUUUCAGGCUGCGUGUGCCGACGACACAAUCAAUGAGAAAAUAAAAUUGUACAGGAAAAUCGAGGAUUUCGAAGAAGUUUUGGAGGCGUACGAGGAUUCUAGCAGUGUUGCUAUAGUAGGCGGUGGAUUUCUGGGAAGCGAAUUGGCUUGUGCGAUGGGCAGGAGAGAUAAGGGCCACAGGAAAAACAUUUAUCAAAUAUUUAGGGAGGGGGGAAAUAUGGGUAAAAUUUUGCCAGAGUAUUUAAGUUUUUGGACAACCGAGAAAGUUAAGGCUGAGGGUGUUACGGUAAUGACAAACACCGAAGUUAUAGGAGUGAAGUCUGAGAAGAACGGGCUCGAACUUACCUUAAAUAAUGGUAAAAAAUUGUAUGCGGACAACGUAAUCGUAACGGUGGGAGUGGAACCUAACACUGACAUCGCAGAGAAAUCUGAGUUGGAAGUGGAUCCCGAACUGGGUGGAUAUUUGGUGAACACAGAACUUCAAGCGAGGACUGAUCUUUACAUUGCUGGAGACUGCGCGUGUUUCUACGACCCCAAACUGGGUAGGCGGCGAAUUGAACAUCACGAUCAUGCCGUUGUUUCUGGAAGGCUAGCGGGAGAGAAUAUGACGGGAGCUCGCAAACCUUACUAUCACCAGAGCAUGUUCUGGUCAGAUUUAGGCCCGGAUGUGGGGUACGAGGCUAUCGGCAUUGUAGAUUCGUCUCUUCCGACGGUCGGCGUCUUCGCUAAGGCUACGGAUAAAGACAAUCCUAAGUCAAUGGUUACCGCUACAGAUGAGGGAAUUAGAUCAAAUAUAGAACAGGUUCCAAAAGAAUGCGACAAGUUCAUAUCGCCAGAGUUGAAACAGGAAAUAGAAGAGUCGAGGAAACAAGCGAGUAUUCCAAAUAAAAACGAGGGUGAAGAUUUCGGGAAGGGAGUUGUCUUUUAUUUACGUAACAAUAUAGUAGUAGGAAUAGUAUUGUGGAAUGUUUUCAAUAGAAUGUCAAUAGCUCGUCAAGUGCUGAAAGAUCAGAAGAAGUACGACGAUUUGAAUGAGGUAGCGAAACUGUUCAACAUUCACGAAGAGUAAGACGCAAGUUAUUCGCGGAAAGCAAAAAUUAAGGACCAAAAAAAGAACUAUCAGAGUGACAGUGUUGAAUGUUCUUAAGUGAAUUUUUUAAUUUUUCUACCUCAACGAUUACAUUGUUUGAAUUUUAAUGAAAUCAGUAUAUUUGGUAUUAACCGUUAGGCAUAUAAGAAGUUUAUUUGUAUUUAUUUUACUCGACAUCUUUUCAUAAAAUAAAUCCUUUCAUAAUAA